GACGUGCUGAGCUUCUUAUAUCCUCGAGUCAAUAGGCUUUUAAAGAAGACAGCAGCAUCUCACCCAGGAGAUGAAAAUUCCCACUAAACCAUUGGGAUAAGCGGCGGUGACCGCUAAAGAUGCAGAGGAACCUCAGAGUUCUUUAGAUUAUUUUACAAAGGCUGAUAUUUGUUAUCUCUUCAAUAGCAGCGGUGACGCUUUGUUGUCAUGUGAUCAGCGAGCUGGUAUAAAGCGCAUGGAAAGGUCCGCCCUCUUUGGAAUCCUGGUCUGCCCUUUAGGAGGGUCUCCCCAGAUAGAAUAAGCGUGUGGAUGUUGGGAUUUGGGCAAUCUCUUGAUUCCUUGCCGACAGUAGGCUAAUCCAUUAAAAGCCCAUGGCACUGGUGACACACUGGCACGUCCUGUCCGCGUCUCCCGCAUCUGCUCGGCGCGUCUUAUGAGUUCCCUCGAAUCGAGAGCGCAGGUAACACGCAGGCUCAGCACACGCAGCGCAUUUCCGCCGUAGUCCAUCUGGGACCCGAGAUAGCCAUGACUUUGAGCUCCGAGAUGUCGGAUGCGUCUGUGCUCUCGGAGGAGACCGACAUCGACGUGGUUGGAGAGGGAGAUGAAGGUGAUGGCCACACGCGCUCCUACGUGGACGAGGUGGCUCAGAUGCACGACGAGAUCCUGCUCGGUGGUUCACCGUCUUGUGUGGAUGCCUCCGCCGCACGGGACCCCUACAAGCCAGCAAGUAAAAACACCCUGGUGAAGCCCCCAUACUCCUACAUCGCACUCAUCACCAUGGCAAUCCUCCAGAGUCCCAAGAAGCGACUGACGCUCAGCGAGAUCUGUGACUUCAUCAGUAACAGAUUUCCGUACUACCGGGAAAAGUUCCCAGCUUGGCAGAACUCUAUCCGGCACAACCUGUCUUUAAAUGACUGCUUCGUCAAGAUACCACGGGAGCCUGGGAACCCCGGUAAAGGCAACUACUGGACACUGGACCCAGAGUCCGCCGACAUGUUUGAUAACGGGAGCUUUCUACGUCGCCGGAAACGCUUUAAGCGCCAGCAGACGCCUGAACUUCUCCGCGAGCACGGAGGCUUUCUCCCUGCGUAUGGUUACGGACCUUAUGGUUGUGGAUUCGGUCUGCAGCUUCAGUCGUAUCACGCGCAUUCUGCGCUCCUCGCCUUUCAGCAGCAGCAGCAGCAGCCUCCGGCGCCCUCGUCCCGGCAUCCUCACACCGGAACUCUCAUCCCCGCUCCUUCCCUCAUGCCAACCACCACGGACCUCACCCGUUCCCGCUUCUAUCCUCCUUUAAGUCCCGGGCUUUCUUCCCCCAUACAGACUGCUGCUAAGUCCCCGGUUCACCGUUCACCCUUCUCCAUAGACAGCAUUAUCGGGAGCUCUUUAAGCCCCACCAACUCGCAUUGUGCCUCACGGACUUCCCCGGUGGUCCCGGUGCUUCCGCCGUCCCUCGCAUCUCAGCACUCCUCAAACCCACUACCGGGAAUCUUGUACGGACCAAUGUCUUUACACGAAACCUACGCAAACCGGAUUGUCAGUGGCACUAGCGGCUGUUAAUUUUGUUAUGUUUUUAAACUAAACGUCACAUUUUAAAGCGAUACACUCCUGUGUUUAAGGUAGGAUUAUUUUUGUAUUGUUUUGUUUCACUCAGCUGAAUGAUGGACAGUAACACGUUCGUGCCUAUAUUCAAGCUGUGAAAUAUAAAAUAUAUCUAUAUAUAUAUAUUUAUGUUAACGUUUAAAUUCAAUCUAAUUUCCGCCCCACGAACUUUUUGCUGUCGAUGUGAUUGUGGUAAUCACUGCAGGGCGUCUCAGGACAACCAUUUUUUUUUUUUUUUUUUUU